AAAAAAUCACUAAAAAAUCAGUAUCAUUUUCUUAACAAUAAAAGAGAUAUACACUGCAAGAAUGGCACCCGCACUUGACCAGAUCAAACAGCCUAUUGGACUGCGUCCAGAACACGUCGCGGCCUCUCCAACGAGUAUCCGUGUCAAAAUGCAUGGGGGGGCCUCAUCAUUGGCAGCAAGCGACUUUACAGUCACGACUGACGACUCUACACCUGGGUCGACGCCCACCAAGCUAUUUUCUGUAGACGGGCAUGCAGUUUCUUGGCAACGACGACGAAAGUUUCGAGAUGCUUCAGAUCUUCCUUUGUUCGAGCUGGCUCGCAAGAAAGUCGGCGUGACCUGGUUCGUCUAUUUACCAGAAGACAAUGGAGAACCCAUAGCAACGCUGGCCCCCAAGUGGAGUGCGCUGAAAGAUAAACUCAAUGUUUUUAUUAGAAACGCGGCACACCAGGGAGAGCAAGUUGAGCUGGAAGUUCGGGGUCAAGACAUCUGGAAACUGAGGACAAACAUUUACAUGAAUGGGAGUUUAAUUAUGACAUGCAAAAGAACAGACAAAUUUGCUGCCUAUAUCCCAGGUAAAGGACUAGAAUGGAAAGUUGAUGUCGCUCAGGGAGUGGAUGUAUCUCUCGGAUCCCUCAUCGUUGUUGUCUUAGCACAAGUCAUGUACCACAGCAGUUACCCCUCUUCGCACUCAGCGAAAGAUGAAGUCGACAGUGGAGAUGGAAUAGCUGAAAAACAUGUCAGCAGACCUUCGUCUUAACGGAUCAACGUCACCGCGAUGGCUAAAUUGUAUCCAAAUUAUUUGUUAAGUCUGUUUUGAUGUUUCUGGUAUCCCGCUCAGAAAGAUUUUGACAAUAUAUUUACAUUCAAAUUCUAUUUUACAUCAUGCUCAAUUGCC